GUAGUUUGCUAGAGUAGUUUUAGUUGUUCUAUCUUAAUCUGGUUUGCUAGAUAAUGAACUGAAGCUAAGUAAUAGUAACUCUAGAGACCCGUGGAUUCGAUAUUUAUUACUUGAGCCACUAUACUGCAGUCCUAAACAUUGGUUACACUUGGCCUUUAUUAGGAGUUGUGUCAUAGCGAGUCGGGUCUUAUCUGGUGCUUUCCAAGGUUGUUGUCUACACUGACCACUCCAACAUCUGCUUCUUGAUGAGCAAGGAGGAUGCCAAGCCACGACUUAUUCGAUGGAUCCUGCUACUUCAAGAGUUCGAUGUGGAGAUCAAGGACAAAAAGGGGACCGAAAAUAUUGCAGCUGACCACCUCUCGCGGCUUGAAGGACCGGGAGGUACCACUUCCCCAAGAGAGAUAAAUGCACUUUCCCUGAUGGACGGUUACUCGCCCUCGCAGCUGCAGAGAGUAUCGCCCCAUGGUUUGCCGACUUCGCCAAUUAUCUGGUUGGAAGGUAGCUACGCAAGGGGAUGACUACACAUGAGAGGAACAAGUUUUUCUCCUAAAUCCGUGGCUACUUUUGGGAUAAUCCCAACCUUUUUCGAAUUGGCACCGACGGAGUCAUUCGAAGGUAUGUAUUGGAGGAGGAAAUGGAGGAUAUUCUAAACCAGUGUCAUACGGGGCUAGUUGGAGGCCAUCACAGAGGCAACCGAACUGCAAGAAAGGUGAUCUAGUCGGGAUUCUUGACACGCUAAAACACAACACCUAACAAUGGUCAAGUGUAACCAAUGAAAGAGACCGCAGUAUAGUGGCACAAGUAAUAAAUAUCGAAUCCACGGGUCUCUAGAGUUACUAUUACUCAGCUUCAGUUCAUUAUCUAGCAAAUUAGAUUAAGGAUUGAUUUAUAAACUACUCUACUAACUACUCUACUAAUUACAAGUUGGGAACUCAUUUAGGUAUGAUUCCCCUAGCUCCUCAAUUAGGUCCAAGUUGCAAUUACUUUUGGUUGGUCUACUGUUGAUUAAACUGCGGUAGAUCCUAAAUUAGCUUGGAAUCUCUUAAGCUGACCAAGCCCUCUUAGACAGAAUACCCGGCAGGCGACUAGACUUCACCCGGAUAGACUGACUGCUAAGGCGAUUCACACAGAUCUCCACUAUUGGAAUGAAUUCUUGCACAAAGCAGUGAAUUGGUUGACCCUCGCACAACCAAUUCACCACUAUCAAUCAAGGAAGCUCUCUUAACCUAAUCAGAUUCUAUCUAUCAUAGGUUAAAGCAGAAAUCAAGAGAAUUUGAUCAAGAUUCAAUUGACUCAAUAAAUCAUGCCUCAAUCGAUUAUAAUCAAACAAUAUAGCAUCCAAAACUUCAUACAAGAAAAAUCCUAACACAUGGAACUAGGGUUCCUCAAAACCUAAGUGAAGGGAAGUUACUCCAUAGAGAAGAGAGAGACUGCAGAAAUCUGAUCUAGAUCUUCCAUCUCCAUCUCCAAGCUUGAUUCCCGAGCUCCAAUGGCGAAGAAAUCCUCCAAAAUAGCUCCAAGAAUGCUCCCAAGUCGCUCUCUCUCUCUAGGGUUCGUCCCUUGGGUGUUUGGCAACCACAAACCCAGCUCUCCCUCUCCUUUGGCUCGAAAUUGGGUUAAAACCCAGAAUUUCCUGACUCACACGGCCAGGCCACAUAGCCGUGUGGCUUACCCAGCUGCCCGUGUGAGUGCCAAAACGCGGAGUUUUGAUUAAUGGUCAACCAGGCAAGCUACACGGGCAGGGGCCACACGGCCCUGUGGCUCCCCAGGAUGCCCGUGUGAGUGCUCGGUAAAUCCCACACGGCCACAUGGCCUGGUCACACGGCCGUGUGGGUUUUUAGGUGUGCCCGUGUGGCUUGCUCAGCCUCUGUUUAAUGCUUCGUUUCUCCCUCGUCCGAACUCCGAAUCAGUCGCCGUUUGAUCCCAGACGCUCGUAGUCUCGUCCUCUUUCUUUUCAUGACAAAAUUCCAUGAUUAUUUGUCCAUAAUAUGAGGUAGAAGUCCAUUAUUCCUCAGGUAAUGCUCGUGUUUCUUCUCCCGAAUUGCCAAAUGAUCGCUGAUUGACUUGAAACUUGCGCCUAUGCUUCAAUUCACAUGCUAGGACCUUAAAUGUGACAAAGGAACACAACCUAGCGUAAAAUAGUCCAAGAAAGCAGUAACUCAAGCCAAAAUGAUUAAGAAACGAGGGUGCAAACAUGUGAAAAUCCGAUGUUAUCAAACUCCCCCACACUUAACCGUUUGCUUGUCCCCAAGCAAACCAAGUCAGACACAAGGUAAGAUCACAAUUUCAAUCAUACCAACAUUGGGGACAAAUCAUAUAGGCACAAAACAUGGGAAUCACACCGACUUUCAAACAUCAACACAUGAACAACUUCAACCGCAACCUGGACAACCACCACAGAGGACAUUCGAGUGCAGCAAAAUCGAGUAAAGGAGGAGUCUCGGAGUCUCCCUUCUGUUCAUCAAUCAACAUAGACUUGACUC